AUGCGUGUUAACACAAGUCACAAGUGGAGUAAAAUAUUUUUAUUUAACGAUUAUAAUGAAUUUGUAUCAGAUGGACGUGGAGGAAAACAGACAGACACAUUUUAUGACACUUAUCCGGAAAUCGAACAGUCGGCAAAAGCAUUCGUUAUUGGAGCUUGUUCUGAAAAAGCAGCAUCAUUUAUAGCAGCUGAUCUUGCACAAUAUAUUGAUGAACAGUAUUAUGCUACAGAGAUUCGAACCCUGAACCUGCCCUAUGAAAAUUUUGGUGAUUAG